AUGAUCUACUAUAAUAUAGCACAUAUUGUUGUAGUACUUGUUGUGUUAGGUAGUUUAUGUAGUGCUAGCGGUAAGUUUUUGACUGUUCUAUGAUAUUUUAGGUAUUAAAAUAAAAUUUAAAAGUAUUUAAUUAUUUGAAAACAAAAAAAAAAAUUUUGAAUUUUAAAAAUUUUUACGAAAAAACUUUAAUGCCAUUAUUUAUAGAACACAAAUUUGGUACAAGGGAUGAAAUCGGUGACGUUGAGUAAGUUUUUAGCUUAUUUUUAUUGAUUUAGAAUUUUUAAGCUUGAUCCACAAGGCACAACUCUUAGCCUUGGCCUUAGGCUUAUGUCUAAGCCUCCUCCUCCUUAGGCCUAGCUUAAGUUUAAAGAUAAGUCUACGGAUAAGUAAAAAAUGAAACCAACAACUUUAAUUUCGUGUGAUUUCAGACACUUAAAACAUCAUCUUGGAGACCAAAUUGACAUAGACGACUCGAAACUGUCUGAAGAACAAAAGAGGUUUCACUACUUUAAGAUGCACGACUUGAACAAGGAUAACUUUAUUGAUGGACUGGAGUUGAUGGCGGUGAGUUUUUUUGUAAUUUUUAUUAAUGUAUGGUAAGCUAAGUUAAGGCAAAUUAGUGUAAGGUAGUGAGGAGAGAGGAGAGGUGUAGGGUAGAUAGGGUAAGAUAGAGCUGGAAUUGGGUAAACCUAAGGCUAAGGCUAAGGCUAAGACUAAGGCUAAGGCUAAGGCUAAGACUAAGGCUAAGGCUAAGGCUAAGGCUAAGGCUAAGGCUAAGGCUAAGGCUAAGGCUAAGGCUAAGGCUAACGCUAACGCUAACGCUAACGCUAACGCUAACGCUAAGGCUAAGGUUUAGGCUAAGGCUAAGGCUAAGACUAAUACGAAGGCUAAGGCUCAGGCUAAGGCUAAGGUUUAGGCUAAGGCUAAGGCUAAGACUAAUACGAAGGCUAAGGCUCAGGCUAAGGCUAAGGCUAAGGCUAACGCUAACGCUAACGCUAACGCUAACGCUAAGGCUAAGGUUUAGGCUAAGGCUAAGACUAAUACGAAGGCUAAGGCUAAGACUAAGGCUAAGGCUUAGGCUUUGUAUUAGGCUUCGCCUUAGACUUAGCCUUAAGCUAAAGCUGAUGCUAGAGCUUAGGGCUAAAACUAGACUUAUAACUUUAGCUAUGGUUAAUGCUAAAUACUAAAAGUAAGGCUAGAGUUAAGACUAAGGCUAGGCUUACAUUUAUAAGUACAAUUUCAGGCCAUCUUCCACGAUGAUGAAAAGGACAAUACGUUUGCCAGAGGUAUACCUGACACUGACAUAGAACGCUUGAUCGACCCAGUGUUGGAGGAGAUGGAUGGUGACAAAAAUGGUUUAAUAGACUUUGCUGAGUACUUCAAGAUAGCCAAUGUGUAA